AUAUAUUUGUGAAGAGACUUAAUUAUGUUAUUGUGAAUUGAACACUUUUGGUAUUUGGUAUUUUUGUUGCUGUCAUAAUAUUUUUAAUCAUCAAAACAAAGGGGAGUAUGUAGAAGAAAAAUAUUUUUUAGGUCGAAGCAAAUAUCAAAAUUCAUUUUAGAUAAAAACAGCACUUAUAUCCAAUUGUUUAUAUUAAAAAACUAAGUAGAAUAGAAUUGAAAUUUUCAAUUAGUCGUACCUAAAGUGUAAACAACUAUAUUUGAUUAAAUAGUAUUUUCUGGAAAUACGUGUGCAAUUAAAUAAUUAUGGCUGAUAAUUAUCUGCAGCCAGUGAAUAAUCACUUUGACUUAAAUGGUGAAGACUUAGAGGAUGUUGAUGAUGAUAUUUUUCUGAAUAGUUCUCGCACUAAUAGUCGAGUCUCUGGUCAUAGUAGCACUGGUGUUAAAACGCGUAGUACAAAUCCUUUCGAGGACCAAACGCAAAUAUAUGCAGAAAAACGUCGUCAAAUUGAAGCACGUACAAUUGAUUCCACACAGAAAAGUUUAGGGCUUUUAUAUGAAACUGAAGAAGUGGGAAAGGCUACUGCUAUUGAACUCGCAAAACAAAGGGAACAAUUAGAGAAAACAUCAAAUCAGUUAGAUGAAAUCAAUUCCACACUACGUUUUAGUCAACGUCAUUUAAAUGGAUUAAAAAGUGUUUUUGGUGGACUGAAAAAUUAUUUAGCAGGAAACCGUGAUCCAGCACAGUCUCCACGUUCAACUCUGUCACCUACUGGUAGUCAGGAAUCAACCGCCAACACAAAUACAAACAGUGGAAUGCCAAGCGAGAAAGCUGCAAUGUCACCAACAGAGCGUUAUGAUGAUCAUCCUAUAAGUCGCAUACGCAAUGACUCUACUAUAUAUCAGCAAAGAGAACAAAUGCAACAACAAAGACGCAAUAACCCUUUCGAAAUGCAGUUGGAAGCAAAUCUCGAAGAAAUGUGUGGCAAUUUAUCACGCUUAAAAUGCUUAGCUACAGACUUAGGUGGCGAAAUUGAGUCACAGAAUGAACUAUUAGAUAAUAUGAAUUAUAAAAUUGAAGACGUUGAUAUUAAGAUGACUAAGCAAAAUAAAGAAAUGAAUAAAUUGCUCGGUAAGAAGUAGAAAACAAAGAUAGCGUUGCAUACUAAAUUCGCAAUUGUUGAUUUAAUAUUUUAUUUACAUUUUGUUUAUAAAACACAAUAAUAUAAAUCAUGGAUAUAAGAAUCUUCACUCUCACUAUAAGAAACUUAGCUUAGAACUAUCAUUAUUAAUCAAUUAUGAGUUAUUUAAUAUAUCAGAAAGUAUUCAUUAUUAAUAUCGAAAGCUGCAUGAAGUUAUAACAGAAAUAUAUAAUUAAUGCUGGUUGCUUUUUGUAUUAAACAC